AUGGACGGAGCGACGAUUCAAAGGCUGUUUGGAACAGCGGAUAACUCGGGCGAGCCGGAGCCGUUAGUGAACAAGAAGGGCACAAUUCUGGGCGUUGUGAUCAGCUUCACGGCUUUCGCAUGGGUAUGCGUCGCGUUCCGCAUGCAUGUGCGUGCCAAGGUGGUUAAGUCUUUGGGAUGGGAUGACUUCUUUGUGAUAUUGUCACUGUUAUCGAUAACGACGGGCUCAGUUGGAAUUUGUAUCGCAACCAAGUUUGGUAUGGGCAAGCACAUAUACACUCUGUCUGCAGAGGAAGUUCAGGGCUAUCUACGAACUUUCUACGUAUCAAACGCCUCCUACCAGAUGUCGACCGCCUUCAUCAAGAUUUCCCUCCUUUUUCAGUACCUUCGCAUAUUCGAUCAGCCAUCUUUCACCAGGCGCCUCUGCAUCUACACCAUUAUUUUUGUAUGCGUAUGGGCCACGACCUACGGAUUCCUAGCCUGGGUUCCCUGUGUUCCAGUGAAAGCCUACUGGGACUGGUCUAUUCCGGCCAGCCGGUGGGCAUACGGAUCUCUUAACGCCGAGAUCUUCUCGGCUACGUACGAAAGCCAUUCUGCAGUCAACAUCGCCCUCGAUCUGCUGGUGCUGGGAAUCCCGGUGCCGCUCUAUUUCAAGCAAGAUGCCCCGCUCAAGUCUAAACUCGGUCUGCUUGCACUACUUGGCAUUGGCAUAGCAGUCAAUGGUGUCUCUUUAGUGCGUUUCAUCACCAUUCUGCAACACCGCAGCGCCACAUACCCGACGCUCGAUUUUCCCUGGUACGGUCCCGUUAGCAUCGUCCUUGCCUGCGUCGAAGUCGACCUGGCCAUGGUUGCCAGCAGCGUUCCCAUUUUCUGGCCUGUCUUGCGGCAACGAUUCCCCGGCAUCUUCGUCACCAAGGAGGUCGAGGUCACGCGCGAAGCUCGGAGACUGGAAAGCGUCGAGCUCGACGAUGACAUAGGAACCGAGGAGGGCCGGAGAUCGAGAGUAGGCAGCGAGGCAAGUCUUCGACAAGACACCCGAAAGACCGCUGUACGGUAUAUGGAUGAUUUUGUGGCAAACCAAGUUGAUCCUUUGAGGAGAAGUAAAAGUGUGGUGACGGAGGUUAAGGCGGGCGACGUGGAUGCCGAUGGUAAAUGGUGGGCAAAAGGCCCCUGA